AUGCAGCCGGCCCGCUCCGCCGCGCUGCUCGCCGCCUUCGUCGUCGUCGUGCUGGCCUCCGCCGCGAGCUGCCGCGCCCAGCUGGCCAACAACUACUACGCCGGCAAGUGCGGCAACGCCAGCGUGGAGGCCAUCAUCCACGACGCCGUCAAGGCCCGCCUCGCCUGGGACAAGAGGAUGGUCGCCGGCCUCCUCCACAUGCUCUUCCACGACUGCUUCGUCGCCGGGUGCGACGCGUCGCUCCUGCUGGACGGGCCCAACACGGAGAAGACGGCGCUGCAGAACAACGGCCUCUUCGGCUACGAUUUGAUCGACGACAUCAAGACGACGCUCGAGAAUGCGUGCCCCGGCGUUGUCUCCUGCGCCGACAUCAUCGUCGCCGCAACAAGGGACGCCGUUGGCAUGUGCGGAGGGCCGACCUACCAAGUGCAACUGGGAAGAAGGGACGGCAUGGUGUCACAAGCGUCCAUGGCGAGCAUUCUACCAGGCCCCAAUGUCGACAUCCCCACCGCCAUUGAUCUAUUCUCGAAGAAGGGCCUCAACAGCUUCGACAUGGCCAUCCUCAUGGGCGCGCACACGGUUGGGGUGACACACUGCUCAGUGAUCCACGACCGGCUGUACAACUUCAAUGGGACGGGGUCGCCGGACCCGGCCAUGGACCCGCUGUACGUUUGGAUCCUGACGAAGUUCGCCUGCCCCCAGGGUCAGACCUUCGACAACAUCGUCUACCUGGACGACCCCUCCAGCAUCCUCGUCGUCGACAAGAGCUACUACGCGCAGAUCAUGAAGCGCCACGGCGUGCUCUCCGUGGACCAGGCGCUGGGCGACCACAGCUCCACGGCGUGGAUGGUGAACUUCCUGGCCACCACCGACUUCUUCCCCUCCAUGUUCAGCUACGCAUUGAACAAGCUGUCCGCGCUCGACGUCUUGACCGGCAACGCCGGCGAGAUCAGGAGAAACUGCCGGAGGACCAACUGAUAAUGAUCUGGCAGAUAAUAUACA